AGGAGAAAAUUAAAAAUUGAUUGAGAUUGUCUUUUUUCCUUCUUUCCAAAAAAAAAAAAAUUGCCGGUUCUUCUUUGAGUUCUUUCACCUAAAAUAAACAAAAUUUUCCACCUCUAAGAAAAACAAGAAACCCCUUCAUAAACCACUUUAAUUUCUAAAAAAAAAAAACCCUUAAUUUCCUCAAAAAUUCAUCAUCCUUCUUCAAUCAGCAGCAGCAGCAGCAGCAACAAGGUAAGAAUUUCAGCAAAUUAAGCAAGAUGGUAAGUGGGUUGAUUAAUGCAAAUCCUACGGUUUACGAGAAGUCAGAACGUCGGGUCCGCAACCAACCAUCUGAUGCCGGAGAUGAAUAUGCGGUUGAACCUAUUGAUGAGCUUGAGAUUUUUGAUCAUAUUAGAGACAUAAAAGAUCCAGAGCAUCCAUAUUCGCUGGAAGAGCUGAAAGUGCUAACAGAAGAAUCGGUUGAAAUAGAUGAUAAACGUAGUCAUGUACGAGUAACAUUCACACCAACAGUUGAACAUUGUAGUAUGGCAACAGUUAUUGGUCUCUGCUUGAGGGUGAAACUUAUGCGCAGUUUGCCUUCACGUUACAAGGUGGACAUUAGAGUUGCUCCAGGAACCCAUGCCACUGAAGCUGCAGUUAAUAAACAGCUAAAUGACAAGGAGCGUGUAGCAGCUGCUUUGGAAAAUCCAAACCUUGUAGAUAUGGUUGAUGAGUGUCUAGCUCCAUCAUACGCCUGAAGCCAUAUUGUGUAGUACUGUGGAAUGUUUUGCCUUGUACUAGUUGUAAAUUUCUCCAAAAUUUUGAUUUUUUGGUAGUUUCCUUCUAGAGUUGCCUUCAGUUGAUGCAUUUGUUUUACUGAGAAUGCUUCAGUGCUCAUUAUUCCUUUUGAGCCUUCUACUUGUGCUACAAUCAAAUCUAUUUUAUUAUUUGAAAUAACUAUUCUCUGAAGAGACAUGUACCAUACUGAUAUUCUUUUAGAAUUCACAAAAAUGUAGAGAGACAUGUAUAAUACAGUCAUACUGAUAUGCUUUAAACAAAUGCCUUUGCUCUUUAA